AUGCAUUUGAUUUUAGGUGUAUUUCUUUCUGUAUUUUUAUUUAUAGAUGUUAGAUCAGUGGAAGUUAUAACGAAAAUGCCAGCGGAAGUUGAAAAAAUAUUUAAUGAUACUCGGCGGAUCAUUCACGGAGAUCAAGUCACUGAAGGCAGACCUUAUAUGGUAUAUUUAAGAAUGCCGCGUACAAACAAAAAGCAGUCUAGCUACAGAAGUUGGCUUUGUGGUGGUGUGAUCAUACAUGAAGAAUACAUUCUUACAUCGGCCGCCUGUAUUCAAGAUGCCGAACACUUUUAUAUUGUCUCUGGAACUUAUAAAUAUUCAGACGAAGAUGACAGAUAUUCGAAUCCAUGUAUCAAGAACGGAGCAAAAAAAGCAAUUUGGAAAUGCAUACCAAAAAAUUAUGUUUUUGACGGUCACGAGAACGACAACAUCAGGUGGAUGAAUAAUGACAUAGCCAUCGUGAAGGUCGAAGACGGGUUCGAUUUCUCCAGAAGAAUCAGGGGCUGCGAUUUCAUACCUAAGCCCAUUUGUUACAACAAUCAGAGUCAGACUUUGGAGAACCCUGGCACUAUUGUCAGUAUCGCUGGAUGGGGUACAACAGCAAAAUAUAACGACUGGGUAAACAGAAGAAAAGGCAAUCAACAGGAUCUCUUGGAGUCUCAUGUUGAGAUAAUAUCGAAGACCAAAUGCAAGAGGCGUUGGGGAUCUCGGUACACGAACAUCAUCGACAAUUACAUGAUCUGUACAAAGGACAUCGGUCAAACUAUGUCGGAAAUAUGUAAUGAAAAAUACGUGGACUGUCAAGAUAUAAAUUACUCGGACGAGGAAGAAACUCGACGUGAGGCUCAAUCUGAGAAAAUACCAACGAACCUUGUUAUGCACUCGUAUUAUAAUGAUACGAUUGCCAACAACGUAACUGAUGACGGUGCAGGGGCGAGAAGAUACGCUCCAAUGGCCGACGGGGGAUUCUGUGAGAACGAUCAUGGAGGUCCUUUGGUCUACGGCACGGGCGUGAACUCCAUCGUUAUUGGUAUAAUAUCUGCAUGUCUGGUCAAAGAGAGAACUAAUAAAUGCUACGGACCAUUCCUGUACACCAGCAUCUUUAAGAAUCGUCAGUUUAUUUCUUGUGCCAUUUACAAGGAUGUCGAACCGAAAUGUAGACGCCAAUUCAGAUCCGGAAUAACUCACGUUGAACAAGAGAUUUCGUGGAAGAAUCACGCUGACGGCCCUGCAAGAAAUGAAAUUGAACCAGGUAAAGAGAUACUACCCCGAGAUCACGAUUCACCGGUCAAUGCUUCCGAAGACAAAGCCUUCGUAAGCAGCGGGUUCAUACUCCGAGCUUUCAAUAGCACUACAAAACUGAAUGAAACUGUUGCUUAA